GGGGCGGUGACGUACUGAGCGCCCGUUAUUGCUUCAUACAAGAGGAGUAUACUGCUAGCUCUCACACUGGCAGAAUGGAUCAGAAAAUUCCCUAUGAUGAUUACCAGCUCCCAGUGGUAUUCCUACCUUCUUAUGAGAACCCACCAGCAUGGAUACCACCCCAGGAGCGGGUUCAUCACCCUGACUACAACAACGAGCUCACCCAGUUCCUACCUCGUACCAUUGUAUUAAAGAAGCCUCCAGGAGCACAGCUGGGGUUCAACAUCCGUGGAGGCAAGGCGUCACAGUUAGGAAUCUUUAUAUCCAAGGUGGUUCCAGAUUCAGAUGCCCACAGAGCAGGACUGCAGGAGGGAGACCAGGUUCUUUCUGUAAAUGAGGUCGAUUUUCAAGACAUAGAGCACUCAAAAGCUGUAGAGAUUCUAAAGACGGCACGAGAAAUCAUGAUGAGGGUUCGCUUCUUUCCUUACAACUACCAAAGGCAAAAAGAGAGGACUGUGCACUAGGUGGCAGCAGAGAGAGAGAGAGAGAGAGAGAGAGAGGUGGACGGACACUUCACUGCAUGUCAUUACUUUCCUCCCACAGACUCCAGCCUCCAAUCUGUCUCAGCUGCAAGAUGACUGAUGUAUGACUAACAGUCCCCAUCAAAGUCCCCCAUGUAAGGAGAAUCUAUACUCUGUCAAAGGCUCGGCUUCAAAGAUGCUGACUGAUCUACUGUGAUAGAUGAUAAUUUCGACUCCAUCAGGAAGUAUUCACAGGAAAUUACCUUUAUGGUUCUUUUUGGCAUGUGGAAAUAUGCAGGCAGAACCUUUCUAGACAUUUUACUGAGAAAUUAUAGCACUGAUAAAUAUUUUCCGGUAAGGCAUGACAUUCACAGCAUCGGAAUGCCUAAUUAGGAACAGCCUUUUUUCACUUUUCCUCAAGUCCUGACAUUUCUGCUUGAAAAUGUUGUAUAAAGUUCAGAUUAUUUCACGUGUACACACCUAAUACUGAUAUAAAAUAGAGACUUAUAUUUCAGUACACACUAACACAUUUGGUACGAAGACAGUACAGACCUUAUAUAGUAUAAGAGUAAACAAUAGUGCAAGACUUCUGGUAAAUUUUAAACAUCACUUAUCUAUAUAUUGCUGAAUAUAGUGUACAUCAGUUUUUAAAUAUUUAACAAUUAUUUGUAAUUUUGUAUGAAAUUAUUUAUGUAAAUAUACUUUUCAAUGACUGCACUUGAGGACUACUUAUCAUGACUUUAAAAUUGUCUAGAAGUUUUUAUGUUUUAUACAUGACAUACACUGCGUCUGUGCUGAACUUUACUGUUGUUUCUUCAUGUACAAACUGUAUAUUUGGUGGUGCCAAACUGCUUUCAAGUAGCAUGUGCUGGAAUUAGCCAGAUCCAUGCAGGCCUCAACCCACAACCCACAGGAUCCACUGCCAGACACCAUAGGAAACCCCCAGAAGUUCUGUUAGUGGCCCAAUGACGCAAGGAGCACCUAUCCAAUAUUAGACAGGCGGUUUUAAUGUUGUAAGGUACAUUUCUGUAUUUUAAACAUUUGUGAAGAUCUGUGUAAAUACCUGCCUGCUGCAUCUCAACACUGUUUUAUUCUGUUUACCAUUUUCAUGAAAAAGGAAUAAUGUUGGUCUUCCAUUUGAAGAUUUUUUUGUUCUUAAUGAUCUGAAACAUUUUUCAUUUAACAAGAUAAAAAAAAAAUAAAAUAAAGUUUUGAACUCUA